UUGUCUUCACUCAAAUCGUCAGGCGUUUACAAAGCGCAGCGGCUUGCGGCUUUCAUCAUUGACCAUGAAGACUAAUGUCGACCAACUCUGCUGCAUCGCGAAGCACGCAACUGUGUGCGAGGCUUGGUAAUUGAAAGCAUCGAGGUGCGGAAAGAGAUGAACCGGUGCUUACUGACAGCGCGACGGCUUAUUAGAAAUCACGCCCCUUUGGAUGCCCCGGAGCUCCGACGCGGCCCCCACUUGCCCAAUGAUGUACUUGACGCAAUACAUCUCGCGUCUUCCUCAACACCAAGCGCGACUGCUAUAAUAGGAGCCAUGGCGUCUCUUGUCAAGCGCCCUCCACACUCCGAAUCAACCCAUCGCCCACCAUGAGCACCCCCAAGCCAAUCCUCAUCUCCGGCGGCGGCCUUGCCUCGCUCCUCCUCGCCCGUUCGCUGCACCGGUCCAAAAUCCCAUUCCUCGUCUUCGAACGCGACGCAUCCAUCAUUUUCAGAGCCCAAGGCUACCGCCUGCGACUCUCAGCCCAGGGGCUCGAUGCCAUUGAGGAAGUCCUCGGCCCCACAGGCUUCCAGAAGUUCUACGAUGCUUGUGGGAAAACAGGUGGGGCCGGCUUUGCAGCCAUCAACCCGCUGACGGGCGAGACAGUGGGUGGAGAUGCUCCGAGCGUGAGGAGCGAGCCUUUGACAAGCAAGGACGGUAAGGUGGUGGGCAUCUCGCGCGGCGACAUGCGCAAGCUGUUCAUCGAGGGCCUAGAGGACAAGGUGCGCUGGAAUCACCACGCCACAGCAUACGAAAGGACGGACAAUGGUGUGCGAUUGAUUUUUGCCGAUGGUACUAAGUCGGAAGAAGGAUCCAUGCUGGUUGGAGGCGAGGGCGUCAAGAGCGCAGUAGGCGCUCAGCUGUCCAACGGCGCCAUCAAAGUUUACGACCUUGGAUCGAGAGGAAUCCAUGGACAAGCUCCAACAUCCGCUUUUAGGGCCUUGGGCGAAGGCGUCUUCCGAUUCGCCGACGACACGUCGCAACCAAACGGCGGCAGGGUCUUCAUCAUCACAAAUGUACGCGCUGGUGAUAUGGAUAACCCCGAUAUCGACUUUGGCUGGACCAUGAUUGGCUCGCCAGGUGUCAUCAAGGCACCUAAUGACAACUACACCAUUACCGGACAGCCUGUUGCAAAAAUUGCCAAAGCCCUCACUUCGCACUACCACCAGCGUGUCAGACCACUGUUCGAGAAUAUGAAAGAAUCUGAAGCAGCUUUCUGGAAGAUCACAUGCUCUGACCCGAGGGGUGUUCCGGAAUGGCCCAACGAUCCUCGAGUUACUCUUGUUGGCGACGCUGUCCAUGCCAUGACGCCGGCGGGCGGCAACGGUGCGAACACGGCUGUGCGUGAUUCAGCUUUGCUUGGUCGAUUGAUUGCCGAAGCUUGGGAGAGAGGCGAUGGCGAUAAAUGGACUGGUGUGACAGAGGCAUACGAGAAGGAAAUGCGCAUAUACGCAUCUGAGGCUGUUAAGACUAGUUACGGGCAGGCUACAGGGAUGUUCGGUAUCGACCUUGACCUCGAGACGACACCCACGAUAAACGAAUACAUGGCGCCGAAUUAAGGCUAAAUCUUGGAUUACAUCCUACCUCACACUACUACAGUAAUGUAUGUCAAGAGUUAUAGUAUAGACAUGAAGAAUCUAA